CAACACGGAUACGCAUGGAGCCUCCAUCACCCCCUGUCUCUUUUACGCACCGAGUCCGAUUAUGCGCGCAGGUACAGGGGCCCUAAUCGCCACAUCUCGAGACGCCGCACUGAGCAAUUAAUCUCCUCUCAUGGACUAAUAUGAAAGAAGUGGAUGCAGAGGUCUGACACAGCCAAGGCAGGAGGCAUAUUUCUUGUGCAUCGUUCUUGUUUUCCAUCACCGAGCGUCAGAAUGGAUGUCUUAGCGAACCAUAGUAUCUUUCAGGAACUUCAGCUCGUCCACGACACCGGCUACUUCUCCGCCAUGCCGUCGCUGGAGGAAAACUGGCAGCAGACCUGCCUAGAAUUGGAGCGUUAUCUGCAGACGGAGCCCAAGCGUCUGUCAGAGCUCUUCGACAAAGACCUGGAUGGCCUCCUGACUCCGGCCUACCUGAAGGAGGAUGGUGAUGAGGAGCUGACAGAUGCCCUGCUCCCCAGCCUGCCCAUCCUCCCGGAGCCCCUGAGCCCACCUCCACUCAUCCUCUGCCCAACGCGGAAGAAUUUCCCCUCCACCGGUGCAAUGAAAAGAGACCUCAAACUCAAGGGCCAGCAGCUGGAAAACGUAGAAGUGAUGGAAGGGGUCCACCAGGCCCAGCUGAGCGCCGUCACCUCCCUGACGCCCCCGUCGUCGCCGGAGCUGGGCCGGCACCUCGUCAAAUCCAACCAGACACUGACGGCCUCGGCGGACGGGACGCUUACCCUGAAGCUGGUGGCCAGGAAGGUGGGGCUCAGCGCGGCGCGACUGGUGGCGACGCACACACUCCCCGUCCGGAUGAAGGACGAAGAUGAGGGGGCGGCGUGUGUUAUCGGAGUGGGCGAGCUGCCGGAGAACAAGAAGAGGAUCCACCGCUGCCAGUUCAACGGCUGCAGGAAGGUGUACACCAAGAGCUCCCACCUCAAGGCCCAUCAGAGGACACACACAGGUGAGAAGCCGUACAAGUGCUCGUGGGAGGGCUGCGAGUGGCGAUUCGCCCGGAGCGACGAGCUGACGAGGCACUACCGCAAACACACCGGCGCUAAGCCUUUUAAGUGCAACCACUGUGACAGGUGUUUCUCGCGGUCGGAUCACUUGGCGCUACACAUGAAGAGGCACAUCUGAGAGAGGUCAGCGGGAGAAGGGGGAUGGAGGCGGAGUGGAGGAAUGAGAGGGAGCAUCAUCUGCAGAAAAAUAACACCAUGGAUGUAAGAGAGAGAGACGACGGGAUGGACUCAAAAGAACACCAGAUUUGGUCAUUCUGGACUUGAGGGAGAGGCAGCACACAGGGACGCUGACUACAGACAGAAACACAGACGGGCAGACGGACGCACGCCAAGCGGCCCUGUCAAUCUGUGCUCAGCCAGUUGGUCCAUGAUUCCACAGUCACCUCGUAAAUGUCUCGCAUGGGCGAUACAGAUGCUCCAUCCCACCCCAUCGUGUGUGUCUCAGAGGGGAUGUCACGCGACGAAUGGUGGACCACGUGCCUGUAGUUGGCAGCUCUUUGUCGCAGUCGUCCUCACGGCCUUUGUGGUCGUCCCUUGGUCGAAAGCACUUCCAAAAUGUCGGCCCUGUUCAUGCGGCAGCGCACCACGCACCAGCGAGCUUACCACUGGACCAGUUGUACAGUCAUUUCCCCGUGCGCUGACAGCAGAACUGCUGUUUUGUAUAUUUCCUCUUCUUAGAAUGAACCUUGUGCUGAGGAGAGCAGUUACUUUCCUAACAGCAGCUAAACGGCAUUAUCUCACAGGGUAAGCGAGCAAGAAAGCAGACUUUCUCUCCCUCAAAACCUGCCACAGCCUUUACAAAUCGCCAAAGGGUUUAUCAUUUUAUCUAUAGGACAGAUAAUAAUUUGUCAAUUUUUCAUCCGACCUUUGUCACAUCUGCCAACUGGAUCCAUUUAUAAAUCCUUCUGGUCCAAUAGCAUCGGAGCACUUGUUUGAACGCAGCGUUAGAUUGGAUUUCUCAAAGACUCGAGACAGGACUGUGUUGCACUGAUGUGCUGUGAAGACAGAUUGAGGUCAUCCAGAGGACCGGCUUGCUUUAUGAACAUCAUCCAUUGAGCGUUUCCACAGGAUGAGGCUAACUAAUCUACUCUGGAUAAGGCUGUUCAUCUCCGAGAAUGUCAUCUGACACCGAGCGUCUCGAGAGGUGCUGAUUGGCUCCUACGAGCGUUUUUCUUCUCCAACAUCUCGGCUCCAUACGAAUUAUUGUCAGGAACUGUUGCACAAUUGACUCUUUGCAAACGUUUUGUAAAAAUGCCCCGACGGUCUUGGACUGGGUGACAAUUCGGUACUCACCAAACGCUGGCUUCCACAUGCCGUCGGAAGUGCGGACAGCCACAUGCACAAGUCGAAAAAGCAGCUAGCUGACUGCGAUAGCACACCGAACGUAAACAAGAUCACUAUGUAUGAUAAAGGCUAUAUUGUUUCUAUGAAAAGAUUCUCCUUUUUGUUCAAAGCUGACAAUUUAAAAGACCAUUUUGAAGAACACAUUGGAAACGGAUGCAGCCAAAAAAAAGAAGUGUCUACUGUUGAUGCCUGAAAUGAUCUCUUUGGCCUUUGAGAGUGAUUGGCACCCAACUAGCCACCGGGCUGAGGAGGUUUUUUUGUCCUGUCCGCAGCACCCAUGCAGAACAAAAACAGAAAAAAAAGCAGCAUUCAGCUCUCCUAAUCGGACCCUAUGCAUAUCCAAGAGCAUCCUGCUGACUUCCUGACCACACAUGUAUGUCUGAAUGCAGAUGGAUGGGCGCGGAAGGACUUGUAUGAAGACACAACUUCAAUCAAUUUGGUGUCUCUUCUCCGAGCAAAUCGAUGUGAAUGUAUCUGUUGUAAGUCUGUACAUGUUGCUAGGCCCAUGAAAAGACCAUUUGUGUUGAUAGGGUAGAUUCUCUUUUUCACAUUAGGAUAUGAAUGGCUUGAUUUGGAAUAACUAGCUAGUCACGGCUGGGAGCUUCUGGCAUUUUACUGGUCGCACUGGACCAGUGGGGAGGUCAUUGAGUGCAGGUUUCCAGUGGGCAGCUGUAAUGGGUAAGCGGAGGAACAGUCUGCUCCGUCAGCAAACGAUAACUGCCCCAUCAGCUCAUGAAACUGCAGCGGAGUGAAACCCACACACGAGACACAUACAUACACUCCCAGAAAACUGGGAAUCAACAUUUGUCCUUGGCGGUCUGACUCUUGCCCGACAGAACAGAGACGCAUCACAUCUAGCUUUAGCCCUGUGUCUCGUCUUUAAUCCACAAAUGGAUUUUGGAUGAUCCUCGACUCAAUUCAAGCGCACAUGAAACAAACAGGCAGCUUGGAUUCUUACGAACGCGAUUGGGAAAAACUAUGUCAAGGUGUUUAUUCUUUAUUUUACAAGACUUGUAAUACUUGCAGUGAGGCACACAGCAGUCUGCCUUUUGGCAAGGGAGGCAGUAAAUUGAUUUCACUCUGUAUACCAGAGGCGCAUUUCAAUUUAGGGUAUGAAUGCAUUCCAGCUCAAUCAUAUCUAGACAUGAUCUGUCUGUGGCUCUGGAAGUAGAAGCUCCCGCUUCGCAUAAAUAUUGAACUCUCUCUGUCCAAACGUGCAAAUAUGCCAGGCUGGCUUUUAUAUUGAACUCCGAGGUGACAGGCCUCCACUUGCAAAGACGGGGAGGGAGGGGCCACAAUAGAAAGCCACGGGUACAAGUUUGAACUGCUGGUUUAUUUUCAAGGAGACCAAAAAUUCUCACUGGCCAUCCGGGUUGCAGCUACAACACACAUCAGUGCUACCAUUCUUUGCGUUUCAUAAAAAUCGUAGAAAGUGACAAACAUUUGGUUUGCAGAAGGGUUCAGGUGGGGAUGUCUGUGCAGGUUUGUGGUUCUCUUGCUCAGCCCCGACUCUCCACGUGGAGGAGAAAAUGAGGAAUAAGCAGUUUAAUUAACCCAGGGGGUAAAAUUUGCAUCAUCAAUGGCAGCUCUACUUGUGUGUCAGUAUUUGAACGGGGUGCUCUCCUGUUGGACUGAAUGUUUGCGAAUGUGUGGGAAUGUGCAGAACUGUUUCGCUUUUGUUCAUGUUCUGUAUGAAAAAGGAUUUUUGGACUGGAAACACUGAAUGUGUUCUUCAUGUUCGUUGAGACUUUUAAGGAGCCAAGUUCAUGGGAAAUAUUCAAGUGACGGGACAAUUUCAAAAUUUGGACUUUCUCAAGCUCAAAGACUGGGAUUUCUAAUGUGAACGUGUUUUUUCUGGAAAAAAAAGGUUGUUUCAUGUCGUCCCAGAGGAUGCGGUUCAGUUCGGUGUCAUCUUAAUGAAUGAUUGUCAAUUCUGCUGUGCCUGUGUGUUCUUCGUCUGUUUGUAUUUGCACUCUGCAAUUUUUUGGAAAGAUCACUUGCAUAUCUGAUGUUUUCUGUCCGCUUGUGCGCAACACUUCACGCCAACGACCCCGGGUGAUGAAACACUGAUCACGAAGUCUGUAUAGUAGCUGUUUUUUUAGCACAAAUGUACACAUUCAUGCUACACGGAUUCACACACCAAACUACAUGCAUGCAGACACUCCCUGAACACACAGAUUCAUACAAACACGCGCACACACACACACCUACACGCACAAGCACAUUCUGAACGUACUCACACACACACUCUGUCCGUCCUUCUUAUGUGUAUUUCACCGUUUUUCAUGCCACCUUGUGGGAGUCAGAGAUCCAGACUGCAGCUGAGGGGGGGAACACUCAUUACUAUGUGUGACACCACCUCUGUUUCCACCAGGUCUGAAUUUCAAAUCAAACGAACCCCCUUUUUCUACCAGCAUUCCCUCAUCGCCCCCUCCCCCCCCUUGUCCGACUCCCCCUUCCCUUCCACCUCCCCUCCUCCCCGCCCUCCACCUUUUUCCUCCGUUGUCUUUCUCCUUUUUAUUUCGCUGUACAAAGUGUUUCAAAUUUAUCAUUUGUAUAUUAUGAUGUAUGGGUACGAUAAUGUUCUUUAUUAUGGAAAAAUGAGAAAGAUUUAUUUUUGUUACCGGUUUGUUUCAUAAUUCCUUUUUUUAAAUUGGUAUUGUAAUAUCUCUAUGCAAGGAACUGUUCGGUGAAUCGUUUUUAUUUAAGAAUGUAAUUAUGUGUAAUAAAUGGUAGAAGCAGUUUGGCAUGGAGUAUUCACGGUUCUUGUUCUCGUCUGUUAACGGCGGUUUCAUCCGGCAACAAUAUGCACCUAAUCGUCAGUCCUCUCAGGGAAUAUUUCUUAUCCGCUCUCAAUCACAGAGCCAUUCAGUUUGCAAACAAUGAGCGGCCCAGAGUACGUCCACAUACCCUUUUGCUUUUAUUCCCACUGACCAGACAACCUUAAAGGACGGGCUGGUUUAGCUCUACUGCAUUUGUUAGAGUUAAAUGUGCAAA